UCAUGCUGUCGCCGCUCCUCGCGAGUCCCAGAUAUCGAAGAACGCGCUUGUUAACGUUCGUCAAGGUUUUCCUGAAUUCGUCAACGUAAACUCGUUAGUUUCUAUUCAGAUGGAUACUCUUUAAAUUUGUACGGGUUGGGUUUCCCUUUUUGAUUGUUCACACUCGAGAUAAUGUUGGCUUCUGGAUUAUCCGCCGAUAUGCGUAACAACAGAGGUGACACGCCAUUACAUCAUAGUUUUUCCGUUGACGAGAACAAUCCACUGGUGCAUUUGCUGAUGGAGGGACUUUUACCUAUUGCCAAAGAGAAUUUUACCAACUGCGACGGUCUGAAUUUGCUUCACAUUGCUUGCGCUAAGUCGACGCUUGCCGAUGUGCAAGAUCUUUUGAAUAGGUUCCUCUCUGAUAUCGAUUGUCAGGUAUCCUCGAAUCUGGAAUCGCCGUACGCCGGGUAUACUCCACUCCACUUUGCUGUGCAUCACGGCCGAUACGAGAUAGCGACUUUGCUUCUGAAACACGACGCUAACUUUUACACCCAGGAUCGCAAUGGCUCGUCGCCACUUCAUUUGGCUCUCAACCGAAAAGACAUCAAGAUGAUCGACCUGAUUCUUCUCAAUGAUCACCUGCACAACAAUUGUGUCGAUAACUCUGGCCUUACCCACUUCAUGGCAGCAUGCGUUGGCACGAAGUCAAGCGUCGUCAACGAGUUUCUUUGUACAGCCACGACAGUUCGAAGAAUAUCACCGUUGGUUCUUAUCAUGGAUCGCGUCAAAAAUACUCUGCAUCAAUUCGCUGGAUACUCCCCCCUGCAUUUCGCGGCUCUAUCUGGAAAUACACAAACGGCACUUUUACUCUUGCAGCACCAGGCUUCGUGUUUUGCGUUGACCAACGAUAAUUUCACUCCUUUUGACAUCGCGCGUAAUUUGGGAUUUGAAGAGAUGUGCCAGUUAUUGCAAAAAUUUGCUGAUAACCGGAAAGAUGAAAUUCUGGCUAAUUGGAUGAGUAAAAUGAUGAGCAACGUAAGAAGUUUUCGAGCAAUUAUCGAGAAAUGCGGCUUGCCUCAGGACGACAACUGGUACGAUUAUGAUUUGCUCGUGAUGGCGGUACGUUUGCACCGCAAACGCAUAGUCAACUAUCUUCUGGACUGCCGAUGCCGCGUGAACAAGCCUUUUGAUGACAGAGUCAGAACGAACACUCCUCUACACCUGGCCGCGAAAAAGCCAGGAUGGUGCAAAGUCGUUGUGAAGAUGCUGAGGUUAAAGGCUCGUGUGACCGACACAAACUCCGAGGGAAACACCCCGUUGCACUUGGCCUUCAUCAACCGCUUACCCAAGCGUGUCAUCAAUAUGUUACUUCGAUUCUUUACAAAAUAUUCCCGUCGGAAUAUAGUAAAUCGCGAUGGACUUGGCUUGGUGCAUAUUGCCUGCGUGGUGAGCGACCGCGAUUGCGUUGAGAAGUUUCUGAACUUCGGCUUCGACGUUGGUAGAGCAUACACCAUCUCUUGCGUAUCGACGCUCGCACAAGGUUAUAUGUCAAAUUAUGCCGGUUACUCGCUUUUGCACUUCGCCGUGGAGGCUGGUAAUUAUAGCGUUGCCGUAUUACUUUGUGAAUACUAUGCCGAUAUGUAUAGCCAAGAUUACAACGGCUCGACGCCUUUCCACCUAGCUUUGGAGAAGCGCGACAUCGAGAUGAUCGACAUUCUCUGUAGUUACGAUAUGAUUAAUGACAAUUGCAUUAAUGACUUUGCCGCGUCGCACUUCAUGGCAGCGUGCAUCGGUAGCAAUAGCAACGCUGUCGAAAAGUAUCUCGUACGUGCCGAGGAAAGUCCCCGGACAUCGAUUCGACGUCUGUUGUACGGGCGCGUAUCGGACAACCCGAACUACCCCGACGCGGGCUACAGUGCUCUGCAUUUCGCCAGCGAAUGCGGCCGCGUUGACACGGUUUUCAAGCUGUUCGUUAACGGUGCUCACUUCACUGUGACGACCGAUAACUUGACUCCCCUGGAUCUUGCUCGACAACACAAACAUUACGAUGUUUGUAAACUGUUGGAAAAGCAUCUUAGCACUUGCGAACGGUGCAAUAAUUUAACGCUUACCAUUGAUAUGCUGAGCGCUGUUGGUGUAGGAAUUAAAGGAAUUGAAAACGAAAGAAACAUUUUAAAAAACGAUACGGUAAACUUGUUGACAAAAAUUGAGCUGUUUGCCAAUUGCUUGGUAAAAAUGUCCGACAGAUUGUACGAAUUUUUAUUAGGAAAAGUGCGCGAAAAUGACACAAAGAGUUUUUUGGAGACUAUUAAAAAACACGACCUUUUUCAUGACGACAACUACUACGACUUUAAUUUGCUUGUGGAGGCAUGUAAAUUGGGCCGCAAAGAGAUAGUCAACGCUCUCUUAAACGCACACAGUCGUAUGAACGCCCUUGACAACAGAACGAAGAUGAAUACUCCUCUGCACUUGGCUGCAGAAAGACGUGGAUGGUCCGAUAUUGUGGAGAGACUUGUGAAAAAGGGCGCUGAUUUUAUGGCUGUCAACGAGGAUGGUAAUACUGCCUUGCAUGUGGCCUUUCUCAAUAAGGCUGAGGAUAAAACUAUGGAAGUACUGCUGAAUGAGUUCUUCUACGAAUAUACAGAGGAGGAGAGACGGAAAGAUGUAUUCAACAGGGAUGAAAUUGGCUAUUUGCACAUGGUCGCCUUGAGGGGCACCGUAAAGCAGGCCAGAGAAGUUUUGGACAGAAAUGUGUUGGACAUCAAUGCUCAGGUGUCGUCUCAGUCGCAAACGCCGUACGCUGGUUACGCGGCGUUGCACUUUGCCGUGGAGGCCCGCCAUGGCGAGAUGAUCAGUCUUCUAAUCGAAUGGGGAGGACGACUGAGUGUCUUUACUCCGAAGGACACGAGUCCGCUACACUUGGCUCUGGAAAUGAGCGAUUUCGACAUAGUUGACUUAUUGUGCGAUAGUCUCCGUGACUUCAAGAACUACCGAAAUAAUAAUGGCACGUCGCACUUCAUGGCCGCGUGCGCGUCUGGCGAUCCGAAAAUCGUCAUGAUGUUCCUUAAGAAUCCCGUAGAAUGGUUUAACGACACAAUGCCGACAUUAUUCGCUCGGGUAAAGAACGAACCUUGGCGCCCAAACGCUGGUUAUUCACCCUUACAUUUUGCUUGCCUACGUGGACGAAUUGAAACGGUCAAUAUUCUCCUUUCCUGUGGGGUUCACAUGUGUCGCUCGACCAGUACGUUAACACCGAUGGAUAUUGUUCGUCGACAAUUUAAGUUGACGACCCUUAGACAAGCUCAGCUGGUCUUUAGACCAGUGUACUAUAGCUUGCUCAAGCAUUGCCAGGUUUGCAAAGAGUGCUUCAAUUUGGUCUACCCAAACGAAGCGUGGAUGGCACAAGUCAAAAUGAAGGCCAGUCAUAACUUUGAUAUAGAAAUAUGAGCAAUGAGUUUUUCGUACAACUGUACUAAGAAUAAUACAUUUUUUUAGUAAUAGUCAGCUAUGUAAAUUACAAAUGUAUAACGUAUUAACGAUCAUCGAUUAUCAUAGAUCGUUAUGUAUUUAAUCAACGCGUUUGAUUGAUUUUAAUGUUGCAUUUCUAUAUUGAUUUAUUCUCGUGAAAAUUGUAUUCUUAACAUGUUUACAAUAAAUUUCUUUUUCG